GAAAUACGCCGCCAUUAGCAUCUAGUGUAUGGUCCGAAAAAGGAUAACCAAUUUUCUUAAAAAUGGAAGGUCUUCCAACGGUUCCGGAAGAUCAUGAACAGAGAAACAUCAUUGACAAGUUGGCGCAGUUUGUAGCACGAAAUGGACCGGAAUUUGAACAGAUGACCAAAAACAAACAGAAGGAUAACCCUAAGUUCAAAUUCCUCUUUGGUGGUGAACACUUCAACUAUUACAAUUAUAAAGUGUCUACUGAACAACAGAUUUUAAGACAACAGAAACAGAAGAUGGAACAACAGCAGCAAAGGAUACAGGAAGUCAUAACACAACAGUCAAUCCAAGCUGCUCCAUGGCAACCACAUGUACAUCAACAACAACACCAACAACAACAACAGCAUCAGCAGCAUCAACAACAGCAACAACAGCAUCAACAACAACAGCAACAACAGCAUCAACAACAGCAACGUCAGCAGCAGCAGCAGCAACAACAACAACAACAGCAGCAACGUCAACAACAACAACAGCAGCAACAACAACAGCAGCAGCAGCAGCAACAACAAAUUCAAGAACAGAUUCAACAGAGUCAAAGCAACUUGGUUAAACAACAACAGCAGCUCUUGAAGCAACAACAGGAACAAAUUGAGACAUCGAUAUUCCAAGCAAAGAAUGAUAAAAUUCAAUCUAUGGCUGAAGAACUGGAAAUAGAUUUUGUAGAUUUUGAUAAAAAAUUACAACCAAUCAUUGACACAUGUACUAAAGAUGCUAUAUCGGCUGGAAAACAAUGGAUCUUUAAUACUGCUAAGAGCAGUAAACAUUGUGAUGUAAUAUCAGAAUACAUGUUACAGAAAGUAACAGUGAAAGGAGCACCUUUUGAGAUGAAGCUACACCUGAUAUACCUGAUUAAUGAUCUAUUACACCAUUGUCACAGGAAACAAGCCAAUGAUUUAUUGAAGUCCUUGGAGAAGAUAGCAGUACCAAUUUUCUGCAGUACUCACAUUGGUGUAGACGAUGAAAAGCAAAGUAAAUUAAUAAAGUUGUUGACACUAUGGGAGAACAAUAAAUACUUCAAUGCUGCAGUAAUUGACCAACUAAAGAAUCCAGUCAUGUCCAUGGCACAAUACCAAGCUAGUCUCAUCACAGAUCAUGGCCCCAUAGUUCAACAGGUACAAGGCAGUAUCCAAACACAGUAUCAACAACUACAGAAAACACAUAAUGACUUUGUAAGUCAUCUUGUGAGGCAACCUCAGCCACCUGCUCAACAACCAAUGCCUCCUGGUACAGCAGGUUUUGUUCCUCUUGGCAUUCCUGGUGUGCAUGGUGGAGUACCUCCUGUGGGUGAUCCGCAACCACCCCCUCCUUCGGUAAAUCUACCAGCAUCUUUGUCAGUUCCAAUACCAACGGCCCAACCAUUUGGACCACCACAACAGCCUACAGCAGCCCCUCCACAUGCUGCUGCUACAGUGCCUCCACCGGGUGGUGCAGGUCAACAGUUUGGUCAGCAACAAUUUUCUCAAGGUCAGGGCCUACAAGAUAGAUCAUUUAAUGCAGCAACACCGCCACCACUACAUUCACAAAGAUAUG